UCUUUAGUCCGGGAUAACACUAUUCAAAAGUCAGAAACCGACAAAUCGCAGGAGGACGUGCGGUUUUCUAGCUAGGUUAUGUCCUUGUGGUAGUCAACUGAUUCAUAGCUGAGCUAUCUUGCUUGGUUAACUUGUUAGGUGUGUAGAUAUUCUAACAUUUGUUACAGCUGAAUUCGUCGUCCGCUGUUUUUGAAAAGAUAGUCAGUUAUUAGCAUUAGCCAGCUAGCUGAACAUCUUGUCAGAUAGUCACCAACCUGACAUUUGAUCUGUAGUAUAAUGAACUCAGUUGACAGAGAAUAAACUGGCUACUAGGUAAAAUAAUAAUCAAUAACCAUGGAAUGUAUGACUCCCCUCCAGAAGAAGAGAAGUCACGAAGGGGACCUUCCAACUUGGAAUAAUUGCCAAGCGAAAAGACUGUGCAACGGAGUGGCAAGCUGUAUCCAGGUUGAAUAUGGCGCGGGGACAGACUGCGCCAUGGAUACAUGGGAUACCAGUAUGCAACAGCAGGGCUUCCCAAAUAGAAACAACGGUGUCGCUGUCAACCACCCAGCCUCUAACAUGAUGGUUAGCGCGGUCCUCGGCGGUGAUCCAUUGCAGCGCUGCCCACGGUGUAUGGCAGGGGAGCCCGGACACAUGAAUCACAUCAUGGGGUAUUGAUGGUUUAUUAUCACCAUGAUCAGUGGCCGUUUGAAGAACUGAAGGCUCCUUGAGGAUGAAGAAAAGCAUUGAUCAGUCGUGGUGUAUACGGCUGUGAAUUGGGCCGUUCUGUUCUAGGGUGCCUUCCUUGGGUUUUAGUGCUUUUUUGUAAACCGCAAGUACUGUAUGGCUUCACAUAUGGCUCACUUGUUAACACUGCCUAACUCUGGUUUUUGUAAAGGGCUACUAACUAAACUGACAUAUGAUAAUGUCAUACAGUCGUAACGACAUAGCUGCAUAUAAACAAGCAAACCUCUACUGGGUAGGCUAUUUAUAACUAUAAGGAAACAGCCAUCCUGGCAAUUUGACUACUGUAACUAUAACUCAUGAGGAAAAUAAUUUAAAAGGGCUGAAUUACAAAAAUAACUAUCUCCAUGUCAAUACUGCUUUUAAAGUAGAAAACUAAUUAAUUCAAUUACAAGUUGGUCAGUAUCUACUUUUUGUCAUCAUUAUAAACCUUUUUUGAAAUCUCUAAUGUACGUAAAUAUAUAUAUUUUUAAGAGAUAUAUUUUAUAUUUUUGUAAAGUUAAUUGACUGAUGUACUUUUUUCAAAGAUCCUAUCAGUAAUUCUAAUAAUUCCAUUUUGGAUUUCAUUGACCUUUUCAGACAGUCUGUAUUGUUUUCAAUUGUUUAAUCUGCACUUGACAUGUAGAAUGCUGUUUAACUGAAAUUUUCCUUCUUCCCACUAUAUUUCCUGUGGUCGUCUCUUAUAAUUAUUUUAAUGUCUGUUUUUUCCCUGCUAAGCAGUGAUUUUUGUAUGCAAGGAGAAGACCGUAGUUUCAUCCUGUCAUAACUGAGUUAUGUCAUGUGAGUCAUAAAUCAAUGCAAUAGUUUAUAUUUAGUGCAAGGAACAUUUAUAAAAAGUACAAAUUGA